AUGUUUGCCAGGUUUUUAACGGGCGUCAAGGCCGUUGCUCCCCGUGGAAGUGAUUGGGCCAACCGACUUGGUCCUGUCGCUGCAUUUGGCUACGAAGCGGGGGCGUCGAAAAGUUCGAUGCUUUUUGACUACUUUACUCAGUCCCCCGUUGACUGUGACCACUACGCUGAAAUUAGUUUUCAUGAUAGCGGUCCUAUCGAAUGCCCCCCUGAAACUGUGAUGUUUAUGCCCGUAUUAAAGUGCGGGCAUAUGCUGGAGCGUGCAUCUGUGAAUCCCACUCCAACCAGCGACGACUGGUACAUGGCUGCUCUCGAGGCGACGACGGAAUUAUUGGAAAAAGGGUACAUUCCGGCCAGCGUUGGAGGAGAUGGAUCUGCUACAUUGCCCAUGGUAGAGGCGUACAAACGGCUAUUUCCAUCUGAAGAUGUUGUCGUCAUUCAUUUCUCCGCCCAGCCACUUGUCGGAAAUCCACGGGCCCCGCUACGGGUUCUUUUGGACAAGGGAUUGUUGAAGGGCAUCGUGAGUGUAGGCAAUCGUUUGGUAACCUCGGAGGAUCGAAAGAUACGGAAACACCACAAAAUGUUUUAUAUGGACAUGCACGCUAUCUAUUCCAAGGGGUUGUUCUGCAUUCGGGAUAUUCGAAAUGACUACCCCGUUUUUAUCAGUAUCGAUGCCAAUGUCAUGGAUCCCGCCUUUGCUCCAGCUGUGACAUGUUCCGUUGCUGGAGGGCUAUCCACACGAGAAUUACUGCAUGUAAUGAAUGGCAUUCGGGGACCCAAGGUGGUGGGUUUGGACGUGCAUGGGUACUUUCCUGAUUUUGACGUUUACCGAAAGGACGGCGUUGGCCUCACGCAAAUAGCAUUGGCGAAGGUGCUGAAGGAGGCGAUUCUUAAGGCAUACAGCAUCUCCACACAAACUGAGGAGGAGGGAAUGGCAAGGGUUCAAAUGCUACAACGGCAGGGAACCGUGUCGGAAAACCCGUACCCGGAUCAUUGA